GGAAUACAGCUUUAAACUGAAUUUCAGAGGUUAACAUUGAAAAUUGGAACAUAAACAUCCUAUACCAUGGGAUAUCCUCUUGUGCUAUGUUUUCUCUAUGGUGGGAAUACAGCUUUGAACUGAAUUUCAGAGGUUAACAUUGAAAAUUGGAACAUAAACAUCCUAUACCAUGGGAUAUCCUCUUGUGCUAUGUUUUCUCUAUGGUGGGAAUACAGCUUUAAACUGAAUUUCAGAAGUUAACAUUGAAAAUUAGAACAUAAACAUCCUAUACCAUGGGAUAUCCUCUUGUGCUAUGUUUUCUCUAUGGUGGGAAUACAGCUUUAAACUGAAUUUCAGAAGUUAACAUUGGAAAUUGGAACAUAGCCGUCCUAUACCAAGGAAUAUUUUCUUGUUCUAUCUUUUCCAGCUUCCAACUGCAUUUCAGAUGCUGGGAGACGAUGGAUUUUUCAACAGUUGGUGGGUCCAACUACUACUGGUCAUAUUGGUGACUCUUGUGGCCACCAGAAUCUAUGCCAGCCAUGUAUUUUCCCACUGGCAUCGGAAAGGUCUGGCGUCCUGUGCUGGCAGCUUCCCGUUCGGAAGCAUUGGCAACUUUGUUCUCCAGAGAAAAUCCAUCUCCGAGGUGUAUGCCGACAUCUACCGCAGUGGGAAAGGCCACAAACUGUUCGGAUACUACUCUUUCUUCUCACCUUCACUGCUUGUGAGGGAUCCAGAGCUAAUCAGGUUGGUACUGGUGAAAGAUUUCCCCCACUUCAUGAACCGAGGAGCUUACUACAAUGAGAAGGACGAUCCACUUUCCGCGCACAUCUUUUCCCUGGAAGGCGAGGAGUGGAAAAAGAUCAGGACCAAAGUCUCGCCCUUCUACGCCACUAACAAAAUGAAAUUCAUGUUUGACACAAUACGAAGUUGCAGCGUAGAUCUUCAGAGAUUUCUGUUGGAGAUUUCGAGCUCGUGCAAGAGUGAAUUCGAGUUGAAGAGCUUGAUGUCUAAGUACAGCAUCAAUGUCAUCGCCCAGACCGCCAUUGGCAUGGAAGGGAAUAACUUCAAGGACAAAAAUAUGCUGAGCGAAAUGUCUUUCAAGGUCACAGAUCCUGAUGAUAUCGUCCAAACGUUCAGAUUCUCGCUACCCUUCAUUAAUCGCAAUCUGGCAGCUCUCCUGAAACUGAGGUUUACUCCUAAGGCGACCGAGGACUACUACAUGGCAGCUGUACGGCAAAUUAUCGAACAGAGGAAGAGGGAAAACGUAGUCAAACACGAUUUUAUGCAUUUGCUGCUACAGAUGAAAGGGAGAUCUGAUACUAUCGACAAAGGCACGGCAGGUUUGUCAGUGGAAGAAAUAGCUGCGCAAACGUUUAUUUUCAUCCUGGCCGGACACGAGACAUCGUCUUCAACAAUCGCCUUCUGCCUGCACGAGUUGGCGCUUGACAGCCGCAUUCAACAGCGACUGUGUCACGAGAUCGACGCCUCGGGUCUCGCAGUUGAAAACGUCACCUUCGAGCAGAUACAGAGCAUGGAAUACUUGGAUGCUGUUUUUCAAGAGACGCUGAGGAAGUACCCUCCAGCCGGCGUACUGAUCAGGGAGUGCAUCAAGGACUACGAAUGUCCAGAUGGUUUUGUCAUCAAGAAGGGAACUCGUAUUAACGUGUCCAACUAUGGACUGCAUCGUGACCCACACUUCUUCCCCAACCCGGACAAGUUUGAUCCCGGGCGAUUUGACAAGGACUCACCUUCUCAUCCAAUCGUUCCAUUCAGCUACCUACCGUUUGGUGAAGGACCACGAUUCUGUUUGGGUAAACGUUUCGCAAUGUUUACUGUGAAACUUGGUCUCUUCGCAAUUCUGUCAAAAUUCAGCGUGGAAUCAACUGGGAAAUCAGCACCAACUGUCACCUUUAAUCCUGCACUUUUCCUCAACAGUCCAAAAGAUGGCCUGCAUAUAAGAUUCGUUCCAAGGACCGUGAGCAUCGAUUUUCAGGUCAGACUGAGAAUAGCUCUCGCAUCACUCACGAUGAGUUCAUUAAUGAUUGGUAGCUGGGGCUGGAUCAUCUCCACAUUACUCACGACAACAUUGCUAUUCAUAUUCUUAUUUCUCAAGAGAAAACUAAAUUUUUGGGAGAAUCUUGGAAUUCCUACCAUACCUGGCAGCUUCCCAUUUGGUUCGGUCAGUAGACUCGCAACUUUCCAAUUAAGUACAGCCGAACUAUUCAAGGAGUUCUACGACAGAGGUCGAGGCAAAGAUUAUUUGGGUUACUACACAUUAUUCAAACGAUCCUUGCUGGUGAGGGAUACAGAGCUCAUCAAGAAUAUCCUUGUGAAAGAUUUCUCGUCAUUUCUUGAUAGAGGAGUCUAUCACAAUUUGGAGAAUGACCCUUUAUCGGGACAUUUGUUUUCGAUCGAAGGAGAUUACUGGAGAAGCCUGAGGAACAAACUGAGUCCAACGUUCACUAGUGGGAAAAUGAAGACGAUGUACAAUACAGUCAAAGAUUUAUCAGAGGAUCUCAAGAAGUACGCGGUGCAAAAAGCGUCCACUGAUGGGAGCGUUGAAAUGAAAGAUCUCACGGCCCGUUUUGGACUCGAUGUGAUCUCCAAUGUUGCUCUUGGUUUGGAAGGGAACAACUUUAAUGAUGAGAAUUCUGAGAUGAAGCAUAUGACUGAGAUGAUGUUGAAACCGAGUUUUUUCCAGUAUACGAAGACAGUGAUGAGCAUGGUAUGCAAAGACUUUCUCAUUCACCUGCGUAUCAGAUUGACUCCAAUGCCUGUAGAGAAUUUCUUUAUGAGAUUAGUAAGGAAAAAUAUUGAAUACAGAGAGAGAAUGAAGAUAACGCGUAAGGACUUUAUGCAGCUGUUGAUUGAUAUGAAGGAGAGUUCCUUCACUAAUAAUAAAGAUAGGCAUAACGAGAAACUACAAGAAGGUGAAAAACUGACUCUAACUUUGGAGGAAAUUGCCGCCCAGUCUUUUGUAUUUGUGCUGGCGGGCUUUGAGACCUCGUCGGUGACUCUAGGCUUCAUGUUCUACGAACUAGCUUCCUAUCCUGAAAUUCAGGAGAAACUGUACCAAGAACUGAAAGCUGCAAGUGGAGAUCUGUCCUACGAUGUUCUCCUUCAUUUGCCUUACCUUGAUAUGGUUUUGAGUGAGACGCUGAGAAAACAUCCUGCAGUUCCGAUUCUGCAGAGACAGAGCAGAUCAGACUACAAACUGCCAGAUGGCAAAAUCCUGCCGGCAGACACGAUGGUGGUCAUUCCAGUCUACGGCCUCCAUCAUGACCCUCAACUAUUUCCUGAUCCAGAAAAUUUCAUCCCAGAACGCUUCAGCAAGGAAAAUCAACACAAAAUUGUUCCUUACUCGUACCUGCCUUUUGGAGAGGGACCAAGGAACUGCAUAGGUAUGAGAUUUGGGAAAAUGCAAGUCAAACUGGCAGUAGCAUCUAUUGUCCUUCAUUUUCGUAUUGAGAAAUCAUCAAAAACUGUUGACCCGGUACCCAUUGAGAAUAAAUCCUUCACAUACAACGCGAAAGGAGGAAUUUGGCUGAAACUUGUAGAGAGGAAAAGCUAGAUUUCCAGUCUAUAAUAUUUUCUCAGGUUUUUUUCAGGUAUAAUGUUUGUAUAUUAUUUCUUCGUUUGUCCACCAAAAAAAUCAAAUCAUGCGACGUUUCAAAAAUACAGAGAUUGGUGGAAAUUUACACGGGAUCCUAGGAGUCUCAAUUUAUUUUGAAAAAAAUUGAGAAAUAUAUCUAAUUUUUAUUUUAUGCACUGUAAUCAUUCCGUAUUGAACAUGAUAGGAGUGUCAAUAAUCCUAGAAUUCUCUUCUAUAUUAUAAUACUACAAGUUUAUAAUUACAAGUUUAUAGUGGUCAUAUUGUCUUGAAACAUAUUAAACUACUUAUUAUGAUGAA